UGUGAUAGAUUCCUGACCGAUUUUAUCAUAGAACAAUGCGCUUUCAAAGAGAAAACAUCAAAUUUACGUAUUUCCGUUAUUUUUUUGCAUCAAAAUAAUAUUAUGUAAGAAUGGAAUGUUUUGUGUCUCAGCCGAAUUCAGUGGUUUUGAAUAUUGAAGCGAAUCUAAAAGGAAAAGGACAAGAAUGCAUGGAACAGGUGUGCAGAAGAUUGGGAAUCGUAGAGCAAGAUUACUAUGGUCUUCUCUACAAAGGCAGAGCAGGAGAAAACCUUUGGUUAAAUUUAAGGAAUCGUCUUGACAGGCAGCUGGUUGGACCACCUCCUUAUAGAUUACAGCUGAGAGUGAAAUUCUUUAUCCCUCCUCACAAUAUUCUACAGCAGUCAACAAGGCAACAGUUUUAUGAUCAAAUCAGAGGAGAUAUAAACAGCCAGAAGCUUGUUGCUGAAACUGAGGAGCAGAUGAUCCGGAUGCUUGGUCUGAUUGCUCAGGCCGAGCAUGGAAAUUUCGAUCGUCGAACACACCAAAUGAAUAUAUAUAAGACAAUGCUGUCAGACGAUUUUGAACCAACCCCAGAGUUGAUUCACAAAAUUGUUGAUGCCCACUCUCAGCUUGUAGGAUUGAGCAAGGAGUCUGCUCAAUAUCAACUGCUCCAAGAGGCGAGCACUCUUCCAAGCUACGGGGUUGAAUAUCACGAUGCUUCGUACCGUGGGGAGCAUACACAUGUAGGAAUUGGUCCUACAGGAGUUUUUCUAUGUGACGCCAACACAGAACUUGUAGAAAAGCUGGAAUAUGUGACAAUCACAAAAGCAGAGCAUGUUGGGAAAAAUUGUGUUCUUAAAAUUUUGAAUGACAAUGGAAGUGAAAGAGACAUAAUGUUACGACUUAAUACACAAUCGGCUGCAAAUGCUUUGUAUAGAUGUAUAACAGAAAUGCAUUCCUUCUUUUGCUGUGAUACGGUGCAUAAUGAAGUGUCUACGCAGUUCAGUCGGGAUUUGAAAGGAACGCUGGCGUCCCUUUUCAAUGAAAAGACUACUCUUGGUCGUGAUUAUGUGUUUGAUGUGAAGCGAACAUCACGUGAGGCGCACGACCAUGCCCGAAGAUUGUUGUACCAGCCCGUGCCUUUGGUAGGAACAACGGAGAAAAGUUUGAUCUCAGAGAAAGAAAGCCAUGACUGUGAUAGCCCAACUCUUAGUGUUGAAGAAAAGUGCCAGGUAUUGGAAGAAACGUUAGAAAAGAUUGAGGAUUCGCUAACAUGCUGCGUGUGUAGAGAUGCCGAGAUCUCAGCGGCCCUGUGCCCAUGUGGUCAUCUCACAUGUAUUGAUUGUGCGAAAAAAAUAACAGACUGUCCGCUAUGCCGGAAACAGAUAGAGACAGUUCAGAGAAUCUUUUUACCCACAAUUCAGUGUAAAGGGGCGAGUUGUGCAAGUAUUUCCCUUAAAACUGGAACACAAAGCCCAGGACAUAGACACUGUCAUAAAAGAAAACGGGAAGUCUACUUUGACAGUAUUGAUGCACCGGAAUCAUGAUUUCUGAUGAAUCGUGAUUUCUUGUUUCCUGUUGAUAAAUUUACAUGUGUAAAAUGUGCAGUGACAAAUUUACACAUGUGAAAUAGUCAGUGACGAAUAUACAUUCAUGAAGUGUGUUUUACACAGCAUUUGGUUUGUGUAUUUUUAACAUGAAUGAAUUAUCAGUGCAUAUGAACAUUAAGUGUUAGUU